GCUCAGUGAAAACGGAGCUGAGUGCCCACCACCAAGAAAGUUUUGAUUCUACCAUCGUACGAGUCAUACAUUUAGUGUAAGAUUUUAAAAGAUGUCCAGUACUAUUGAUGCAUCAAGGAAAUGGCUGCCAAGACCUCUGGUUGGGGCAAAGCUUGCUGGCUCUUACUGCAUGCAUGUUUCUACCAUCUUCGUUUGUACCAUUGCAGUCUCGUCUGCUUUCUAGGUGCCUUGCAUGGCACUGGCACUGACAUGAGUUGGACCUUACUGUCAUGUCAAUUGAUGGGUGUGAAGUGGUGCCCUGUGCCCUGCAUCUGUUCUUGGACGAAACAAUGUCUUGGUUGUGCGCCUUCGUUGUAAGACCACUCUGGUGGCAAAACUCAAAACGCUCACCCUAAUCAGCGACAGAGGAGCCAGUGGCGCGGUUAACCGUUUGGAGGCCCCGCUAUUUUUCCACAGCUGUUGCCACCGCACAAUUUGGUUAGUCGGCGGGUUGAGAAGUCAAAAGAUCUCGUGCAUGUGUGUGUGGACGACCGAAUGAGACAGCUAUCGAUUUGAUUUGGGUUUGUCAAUCUUGGAGCUGUUUCUGUCUGGAUAGCGCUUGUAGAGGCUGUCAAGAAGAAGGGCUAGCUAGCUAGAGUGGGAAACUUGUUGUCAGUCAGUGGUCACGCAUUUGGUUUCUCACGAUCGAGUGAUAGCCUACUCUAUUGUAUUGGACAUUUUUCUCCUUGCGUUUCCACCUGAUUCCCCGCUAUUACUUUUCUUCCUCUCGCUUUGAGCCAUCCACCAUGGACGCCCAACAACUAGCUCAAGUAGAGGCUCUCUGCGAGACGCUGUACACGGGAAUGCCAACGACAGACGAGAAUGGCCAGCAAGUGUCUCGCAAUGAAGCGCAGCAACGCCUUUUGAGUCUUCAGUCGUCGGCCGAGUACAUUCCCCAAUGCCAGUAUAUCUUGGACAACUCCAACUCGCAAUACUCUCGACUUGUGGCCUCCAACAGCUUGAUAGAACUCAUCACGAUUCAUUGGAACAGCUUCACAGUGCCACAACGAAUUGACAUUCGAAAUUACGUCCUUGGUUAUUUGGCCAACAAUGGACCGCAGUUACAAGAUUUUCUCACUCUCUCUCUUAUCAAGCUCGUCUGUCGCAUCACCAAGCUGGGAUGGUUUGACGACCCCACCCAUCGGGAACUAGCAGACGAUGUCACGAAAUUCCUACAAGCCACCGUGGAUCAUUGCAUUCUGGGACUCAAGAUUCUAAACCAACUCGUUGAUGAGCUCAACAUUCCUACCACUGGACGGACACUCACACAGCACCGUAAAACGAGCGUCAGCUUUCGAGAUGUAUGUUUACUGAAGGUCUUUCAAUUAGGAUUGACUACCUUGAAGCAACUGCAAACACGGGCCAUUACUGCGAAUCCAAGGCAAGAGGGAAUCCUAGGGGAACAAGCUUUAUCACUCACUGUGCGCUGUUUGAAUUUUGAUUUCAUUGGAACUAACCCUGAUGAAUCAACCGAAGAUGUUGGAACGAUUCAAGCACCCACUUCAUGGCGACCUUUGCUGCAGGACCCCGCCACCACUGAGCUUCUAUUUGAAUUUUAUGCUACUGCCGAUCCACCGCGCUCGUCCAAAGCCAUGGAAGCCAUCAUUCUACUCUCGUCCGUGAGGCGCUCUCUGUUUCCCACCGACAAAGACAGAGCCGCUUUCCUGGGACGACUCAUGGGUGGCAUUCGUGAAAUGUUGCUCAAGGAGACUGGUCUCCAACAUCAGGAUAAUUACCAUCAAUUCUGUCGGCUUUUGGGACGAUUGAAGGCAAGCUACCAACUCAGCGAAUUGGUUAAGGCAGAAGGAUACCUUGAAUUCCUCGAACUGGCAGCGAAAUUCACAGUACAGUCCAUUCGAAACUGGCAGUACAGCACAAAUUCAAUACAUUACCUCCUAGCGCUUUGGGCGCGCUUAGUGGCGGCAGUACCUUACGUACGACCGGAAACUGGAGCACGAGGUCACGUCCCGCAUCUAGAAAAGCAAGUACUCUUGGUGAUGGAAACCUACAUUGAUAGUAUGCUGGGAUCGGUCGAGACAGUGCUUCGCAGUGACGGUGCAUUGGACGAUCCAUUAGACGACGACGGCUCUCUCAGAGAGCAGCUGGAUCGUUUGCCAGUAAUCUGCCGAUUCCAAUACGGGAGGGUCGCCAACAUGAUGUUGAACAAAUUCGACCCACUGCUUAACCAAUAUCGAGACCUGAUGGCACCUCUCGGCGCCAACGCUACCUCAUCCGCGCCUCAGGACGUGCAACAACGAAUGGCUAUCAUCGAGGGACAGUUGACAUGGUUGACUUACAUGGUUGGAGCUGUCGUCGGAGGUCACAGCUGGUCCUCAGCGCAAAUGGCAGACGGAGAAGAAACCAUUGACGCAAGUCUCAGUCGACGGGCCCUUCAACUUGCCCAGGGUGUAGAUUUUCGCCUUACUUCGUCCAAUGGUGCCGGCCGCUCAGAUCCUAGACUGGAGCAGGCGCUACUCUUCUACUUUCAGAAUUUCCGACGGGUUUACAUGUUUAUGUGGGAUCAAAUGUCUGGGUCCAACUCUGGUGUAUCCGGAGACAAUCUGUCGUCUGUUGUUGGCAUGAUUGCUUCGAAAUUGGACUCUGGGCCGUCUACGAAACAAAAGAUUUACCAACGAAUGUUUGAUCACUUGGGAAUGGGUGACCACACUGUUGUGGCUAAUCUGAUCGUGACGAAAAUGGGAAACAACCUGAAAUAUUGGCCCGAGGAACAAGAAAUCAUCGGAAAGACUCUCGACUUGCUACACGACAUGGCUCAAGGCUACAGCAGUUCCAAACUCCUCCUUACGCUGGAGACUGUUCGCUUCCUAGCCUUACAUCACACCGAGGAUCAAUUCCCGUUUCUUUCAAUCCCCGGCAAUACGCGACAUCGCACCACUUUCCACGCCACCUUAACGCGUCUGUUGCUGUCUCCGCAAGGAGAAGAAAAGCUGGGACUGACGUUUGACCAAUUCCUCAAGCCGAUUGUGACAGUCAUGGGGCAACUCGGAAGUUUGUCGCCUCAGGACCUACGAAACGAGAAUUGUCGUCGACCGCUAGUUGGCGUAUUUCGAGAUCUUCGUGGCAUUGCAGCUAGUCUUCACAACCGAAAAACAUACAGCGGUCUCUUUGAUAUUCUGCACCCCAAUCAUCUUCCGUUGCUCGCAAAGGUUGCCGACGUCUGGCACGACCAAACUGAAGUCAUCAUUAGUCUGCUGCGAUUUCUGCACGAGUUCUGUCACAAUAAAGCCAACCGAGUGAACUUCGAUCAGAGCAGCCCCAAUGGAAUUCUGUUGUUUCGCUGUACUAGUGACGUGGUUUGUGCUUACGGACGGCGGCUGCUGGCAACACCACCGCCCGCUAGCGGCGAUCGGGACAUUUACAAGAUUCGGUACAAGGGGUUGGCGCUGUCUCUAAACGUCCUGAAUUCGGCUUUGGGCGGAAAUUACGUGUGCUUCGGAGUCUUUGAGCUCUACAAUGACAGAGCCCUGGACAAUGCACUUGAUGUUGCACUACAAAUGACACUGUCUGUCCCAAUGGAUGAUGUGAACUCCUAUCCGAAACUGAGCAAAGCAUACUACAGCUUCAUCGAGAUUUUGUUUCGAAAUCACCAAAAGACUGCCUUCGCUCUGGACACGAAUGUCUUCAUGCAAAUCAUGGCAACUGUGCACGAUGGAUUGCAGUCGAGUGACGCAACAAUCAGUGCUUUUUGCGCGAACACGAUCGAUCACAUGGCCACUUACUACUUCAACAACUCGGGAAAGGAGAAGGUCGAAAUGAUGAAUCUGAACAAGCACCUGACUGCACAGCCCAAUUUGUUUUCGAGUUUGACAGCCACUCUGUUCAAUUUGUUGCUUUAUGGACCCCCUCAGAACCAUUGGGCUGUGAUGCGACCAGUGCUGAGUCUGAUGUUGGCAAGCGAAACAAGUUUUACAGCUUACAAGGACCACUUGAUUACUACUCAGUCUCCUGAGAACCAAACCAAGCUGAACGAGGCUUUGAACAAGCUACUUGCGGAUGUUCAGCGAAGUCUCGACAAUGCCAAUCGCGAUCGCUUUACGCAAAAGCUGACUGCAUUCCGUGUGACAGCUAGAAGCUUUUUGACAAUCUAGAGAAUGGUGCUGUUGUUGGCUUUGGUUGUCGUUUUGUACAAGUACCGGUAAGAUGACACUUCUACUAGCUAGAUCCAUGGCCGUCGUUCGGCCUGAAUGAUUUGAACAAGCAGUGCCCCAACUUUCACCCGACAGCCACCACAGGAUCACUACAGCCACUUCUGGCGUCAUCAGGAAAUGCAACACGAGGAGACGAAGAUGGUAGAACUGUGAUUAAGCGUUGACUGUAAGCAAAUAGAGCAAUACAAUGAGCUUCGUCCUGGCUAUCUAGGUACUGGUAUAUAGGUGGCUAUUAGACCGUAGCCAGGAAAACAGCCGAUCCUUUAACGAGGUGUGGCGAGCUUUUACAGCACGGUGCCAGGUACCGUACCGGAGUCGCUGUUUCGGGCCAACACCGCUUGAAGUUUGUUGUGGUCUGGUUUCUGUUUCUCGAGCUGCCUUUCCCUUUUUGAAGUUCACUUCCUUCUUCUGAAUUCUGAACCCGCCGGGGACGAAAGGGCGCCCACAAACAUAUGAUACAAAGUU